GGGAACAUCUUCAAAGUGCUGCCAAGGGUGUAUAAGUUACUGUAUUAUGUGUAUUCUCGCCGAAUAAAAAUUGUAUUGUGUCUGGUUCAGACGACCAGACGAUUUGGGUGUGGGAUAUGAAGACUGGCCAGGGAGUCGGUCCCACUUUCCACGGGCACGUCGGAAGUGUUCUGUCUGUCGCAAUCUCCCCCGACGGCAAACGCAUUGUAUCUGGUUCAGAAGACAAGACCAUCCGUGUGUGGGAUGUAGAAUUCCUUAGCCAGCCCCACCCGCCUGCAGUAUGCUUUUCACCUAACCCAUCCCACGCUCUUCAUUUCGCCUCCUCCUUUCUCCAGGAUCCCUCGACCCCAGUCUCUGUUGUUGCGAACGAGGAUGGAUGGGUUGUAGGUCCUGACGGACGCCUUCUUCUCUGGAUCUCACCCAUUUUGCACCCGGUGGUGUAUGCCCCAGGAAACACGCUGGUGAUACCCAAUCGUGCCUCGCAGUUCGAUUUGAGUCGUCUUGCGCAUGGCACGUCUUGGCAUACGUGUCGGGAACAGGAGGCUGCUUUGUCUUCGUUAUGAUACCCUUGUAUGUUGCACACGCACUACACAUGAUUCGUACCGCACUUGUUUGUCGUCAGGGCUUAUUCAGUUCACUUCGUCACGUACCAGUCGAAUUUCGCUAACUUGGGUCAUGAACGUGUUGUCCGAUUCAGAGACUGAGUCUUGAUCUCCGGUCACACAAUAGCACCAGAAGUUUCAUCUCUUCGCUUGAUCACAUCGUUCCAAUGUCCAUUAAUGACGGUCUCCACGGCGCUACGUCUGAGGCAGACCCUCGAAUCAAAGGAAGACAGUCGUGCAUAGCCCCGACCCCGAGCGCGUUCUAUUGUGUCACGGUGGC